ACGAUUGUACAGGCUAAUGUUGAAUGUGUCGUUUUAGUUGGUGAUCAUUAAAAUGCGUUAAGAAUUAUGCCCAUGGACUUUAAUUGAACUUUAUUAGUGCAUCAUAAUUUGAAAUUUAAUUUUGCAGAUUAUAAUUUUUAGUAUACAGGAGUCUGGAUAGUGAGGUUUCUUUUUAUAGGUUUUAGGAUGUCAGAAAAGACAAUGGUGUCUUCUAUUCCCCCGCCCCCAGGUACGGAAAGUCCUCCAGUAUCGAACGGAAUCGUGCAGCCUCCAUUACCCCAACAACAGCCCCAGCUAUGGGGCCACCAGUAUUACGCCAAUUUCAAUCCCCAGUACCACCAGCAGUACUACCAGUACUACAUGAGCUUGAACCCGUACUACGCCCAUUACCAGCAGGCCGCCAACAUGAAAAAGGACGGAGGUAACACGGAUCAACAGAUAAACCCUCCCCUGCCCCCAGGGCCUCCCCUCCCAAACACACCCCCGCCGGCCAGAGCGCCACUGUUAAACACACCCAAGCAAUUCGGGAACAUACGGUUUCAAUUGAACGGUAAGCGACUGCCCACAAAUAACGCGAUGCUGCAGACCCAACUCAGUUCGUCGCCGAACAGCGGCGCCGCGAAGAAAAAGCGCAAGCGCAACCGCAACAAUCAAAUGCAGCUGAACAGCUUCAACACGCCGCCGCUGCCGCCGCCCGAAAACACCACCCCCAAGCCGGCCCCGCCGCCCGAGCUGCCGCCGUCGCCGCCGCUGCCACCGCUGCCCGACGCGGCGCCGCCGCCGCCGCCCACCUCCGAGUCACCGGCCAAGCAGAACGCCGUGCCGGACGUGGGCGCCAACAACCCGGCCGGCGACUGGCCGCAGAGCCUCAAGGACUACGUGCAGAGGAGCUACGCCAAGUGCAAGACGGCCAUCGACAAGAACCAGGUGGAGAUCAUACUCAAGGGCAAGAUCACGCAGGCCUUCCAGAACAACCAGAUGUACAAGGACUGGAGCAAGGAACCGUUGCCCAACAUACACAGCGAGAGGGCGCUGAACCCGGUCAAGCCGGUGCCCGGACUGCUGGCCCAAUAUCAAAAUCAUCCGACGCAGGCCAAGAAGCUGAACGGUUUGUCGCCGGCGAUGGGCGCACGGUUGGGCGCGCGGGCCUCCACCCUACGGGGGAAGAGCCGGUCGAAGUCGCACUCGAGGUCCAGGUCGCCGAGCUACCACAGGUCCAGGUCGAGGUCGAGGAGUCCGCGGAGGCAUCGGUCGUCAACUGAUUCCUCGAGUAGCGAAGACGAUUACAGGCCGGUGAUAAAGCCGAACGUGAACAACAAGAACAAGGGCAAAGGUAAACUGGCCGACCGGCUGGGCGCCGUCAAGAACAAGCAGCCGCCGCAGCCGAACGGCAAGCAGCCGCCCAACAAGAAACAGAAGGGCGGCCAGAAGGCGAACAACAAGAAAACGGCCGAGUUCUACUCGACGUUCGGCAGCGAGCUGGAGGAGAACGCCGAACUGCUGCAACAGAGGGCGGCGCGCUUCGCCUCGAGCCGCUCGAACGGGGCGGCGACGGCGGCGACGGCCGUGUCGCGACGCCAGGGUUUCGUGAUCGAUCGCUUCGGCAGCGGUGGCGAGGACGCGAUCGCCAACGGCGGCGGCGGCGACUUCGACUGGUCCGGCGUGCACAUAGUAGGCACCUGUCGCGACGUCGAGAAGUCGUUCCUGCGGCUGACCAGGGCGCCGGAGCCGUGCGACGUGCGGCCGCAGGAGGUGCUCGCCGUCGCCCUGCAGAACGUCAAGGACAGGUGGCACGACCGACAGGACUACUUCUACGCCUGCGACCAGCUCAAGUCUAUCAGGCAGGAUCUGACGGUUCAGGGAAUUCGUAACGAUUUCACGGUAAAAGUAUACGAAACGCACGCCAGAAUCGCGCUUGAAAAGGGCGACCACGAGGAGUUUAAUCAAUGCCAAACGCAAUUAAAAAUGUUGUACGGUGAAGUGGGGGGCGCGAACAAAAACGAAUUCACUGCUUAUCGAAUACUCUACUACAUCUUUACUAAGAACACUUUGGACAUAAUGACAAUAAUGAAAUCGUUGAGCAGUGAGGAAGAGUCCGAUGAGUGCAUAUCGUUCGCGUUAAAAUUACGAUCUGCGUGGGGUUUGGGCAAUUAUCAUAGGUUUUUUACACUAUAUCUACGUGCUCCUUUAAUGGCCGGUUACCUUGUCGACUGGUUCAUUGAACGAGAGCGCAAAAACUAUUUAAAAUGUAUCAUUAAAAGCUAUCGCCAAAGUAUUUCGGUGAGCUUUCUGAGGCAAGAGUUGGCUUUCAAAUCAGCAGAGGAGUGUUUAGAAUUUCUUGAACCGUUCUCUUUGAGUUUCACGGACCACACCAGAGAUUCUGUCGAUUGCAAAGGCAGCAUGUCUGCCUUACCUAACAUCUAGUCUCCCCUCAAUUAAUUCACAAAAGGACUAUUCAUACGAGAUAAGCGCCCGCCCAGUGGCUGUGCAGUUUCGUGUCGUUUCCGGUAACGAGAGAUGAUGAGUGCUCCGGAGCGAUUCUCCGGUCACACGCCCCCUCACUGAUUGUCUCGAAUUAUUCUCGCACCCGCAUCUCGAUCCCCGACACGUUGAUAUAAAGGACCAAACAUCUACCGCAAUAUUCUGUCUGUUGAUUUCCGUUAAAAUCCCACCAUAAACACAUCUAAUUUCACGUGCCUAGUUUCUCGUCAACGUUAAAUCCCAUUUCGACGACUUGGCCAACACCAUCUACCUCAGGAUGUUUCAAUUUUAAGAAGACGUUUCUUUACAUUUUAUUUCCAAGGAUUGAUGAGGCCACGUUUUAGUGGUCUGGUAACAGAAGAAUAAGAAGACUUCUAUAAUUUAAUUGUUACUAUUUGUUAUUUUUGUAUAUACGUUGUAUAUAAUUAUUUAAGUAAACCUACGGUUGACCUUUAUUAAGUGAUAAACAUAAUAUUUCAUUUUCUAAAUAAAAACUAUUAAGUAA